ACCCACAACAAGACGGAGAGAAACCCUGCUCGGUUGUCGGUCCCGGACGGUAAAGUCUUGACAGAAUCUCUCCUCGAACCUGCGCCUUGUUGUUUUUAACCGAACUAGAAGACAUUUUUUCUGGACUUCGGUUCCGAACUGCUUUGACCGUCGCUGCUUUUAGACUUUUAGACAGAAAACCUCCCGAGACGUUUAGUUUCCUCCUCGACCAGCGAUGUCAGACGACAUCGGGACAGCCAAACCCGGAGGAGUCAUCGCCUACAUUUCAUCCAGCUCGUCCUCGGACUCCUGUAUGAGCGGCGCCAGCAGCUACGCGUCACCAGCUGUGCCUCGACCCUCGCUACCCAGCAGGGCUGUGGGCAUGGUGGUGGACAUCGCUCCCCCAGCGAAACGCGGCGGCACCGAGAAGACCGGCCGCUCCUCGGCGUCUGCCAAAAGCAGCAUCACCAAAAUCAACGGCAUGGUGCUGCUGUGCAAGGUGUGUGGAGACGUGGCCUCGGGCUUCCACUACGGCGUCCACGCCUGCGAAGGAUGCAAGGGCUUCUUCAGGAGAAGCAUCCAGCAGAACAUCCAGUACAAGAAGUGUCUCAAGAUGGAGAACUGCACCAUCAUGAGGAUCAACAGGAACCGCUGUCAGCAGUGCCGCUUCAAGAAGUGUCUGGCUGUCGGCAUGUCCAGAGACGCUGUUAGAUUUGGCCGCAUCCCAAAAAGAGAGAAGCAGAGGAUGCUGCUGGAGAUGCAGAACGCCAUGAACAACAUGAUGAGCAAGAACAGCCAGCUGCACAACAUGCUGCACGGCGACCAGAGCUCCUCGCUGCCCAUGGAGGCCAUGAGCAGCGACGCCAGCUCCUCUUCCUCCUCCUCCUCUUCCUCCUCCUCUACCUCCGAAUCUCCGUCGUGCUCCAGCCCGUCCUCCCCUCAGUGCCCCCAGGACUCGGAGUUUGUGGUUUCCAUGGACACCAACUCCAGCUCGGCCUCUUCCUGUGCGUCGGACAGCAGCGAGGACGAGGGCGUCGCCGCGGUGAGCAGGCAGAACCAAGACGCCUUCGGCCAGCAGAGGUCGCCGACGCCCGACUCGGUCGUCGCGGAGACCAACUGCAAUGGUGGCACGGAGCAGCAGCAGGAGAGCUCCAACUGCUGGAACAACAACAACAGUGCGGCGGCGGGAGGGCACCAGCGCUGCCCGUACAGCGGCGCCGCCACUAACUCCGCCUACAGGGAGGAGAGGGCAGCGGGUGAACUUCACACACAGACCUUCAGCCAUUACAGUGAACCAAACAGCUGCGUGAAGAGCAGAGCGUACCUGGUCUGCCCCAUGAACACCUCGCCUUACGUGGACCCCAGCAAGCCCAGUCAGGAGAUCUGGGAGGAGUUCUCCAUGAGCUUCACCCCCGCCGUGCGAGAGGUCGUUGAGUUCGCCAAGAGGAUCCCGGGCUUCCGUGACCUCUCCGAGCACGACCAAGUGAGCCUGCUGAAAGCUGGAACGUUCGAGGUGCUGAUGGUCCGGUUCGCCUCCCUGUUCAACCUGGCCGAGCGGACGGUCACCUUCCUGAGUGGGAAGCGGUACAGCCUGGACACGCUGCGGUCGCUCGGCGCCGGAGAGCUGCUCAACUCCAUGUGCGAGUUCAGCGAGAAGCUGGCCGCCCUGCGACUCAACGAGGACGAGCUCAGCCUCUUCACUGCCGUGGUGCUCGUCUCCGCCGAUCGCUCAGGGAUCCAGGACUUGGACUCACUGGAGGCCCUGCAGGACAAGCUGAUCUGGGCCCUGCGGAACCUGGUGGUGCAGAACCACGGCGACGAGUCGGCCACCACCUUCACCAAGCUGCUGCUCAAGCUUCCGGAGCUGCGCUCGCUCAACAACAUGCACUCUGAGGAGCUGCUGUCGUUCAAAGUGCACCCCUGAAGACUUUCUGGGACGUCUCCGUCCUCCACCUGGACCUGCCCCCCCCCCCGUACUCGACCAACUCCGUGUUCGUCCGUGGAAUGUAUGAAGUGGUUUUUGAAUCGUUCCGGUUGAGUCGGCACACGGGAUCUGAAGAGAACUUAAAGUUUACUGUAGCGUGAGGAGAUAGCUUUGCUCGUUGCACAUAAAUCAUACACAGCAUGCGUGUUAGAGGUUUUAGAUCGAAUGCAUUUUAUAUAAAACAUGCAGUGCUAAAUGAAUUUGUCAUUAUUAUUUUUAUACAUUCGUUUCCUCCAAAAGCCAUUAAUUCCAAAGUGUAUUCUCUGAGCGUGUGAAUGUUUGUGCUAAAAACAGAAGCUACCAGAGACGUGUGGACAGAAUGUGGAUCGCUGCUAACGCAUGGCUCUGAUUAAUAAUCUACUAUAAUCUGGAUCUGCUCCCCUCACAAAGCAUCCCGUCAUUGUUUGGUGUACAUGUCUGUUUCUAUUUAAUGUUUAACCUCUUUCUGCGUACGGGGAGGUCGUUUAAAGCUAAGACACUAUGUUUGGGAGCAGAAGGCAUCGAGUCGGCCGUUUGGUUCAGACGCCGCAGCUUCGCCCACUUUUUGUUUUUAUAAAUGAAACUUUUCAGCAUGGCACUGAAUUUUGUCACUUGUUUUUCCUGAUGGAGUUUGUUGAAAUAUCAACUACUGGCAGCACUGCCAUAUGUAAAUACUCGUGAAAUAUAUAUAAAUAUCUAUAAAUAUCUG